AUGUCGCAUCGCCCAACUGGCCUUCCGUUGCCUCAUGCGUGGCUUACUUCACCAAUUGACCAUCUUCUUCGGUCUGGGUCUUCGCCCGUUUUCAAGGCACUUCCCUCGUCGUGGGAUGCAUCCGAAGUUGACGUCUUCGCUCUGAAGCGUUCAGAGAUGGUUUCUGCUUGCAUAAAAGUGUUCAUGCUCGAACACGGCCAACAGCAGGAAUAUCCCUCACCGGCAACAGGAGACGGAGAAGAAGUGUUCCGAGACCUCAUUGUUUCGAAAUUAUUGUCUGACCUCCUGGCACCGUCCACCCUCAGUGCUGCUUCUGCUUCGUCGCCCUCAUCCAAAUUGCCUGAUAUUGACCUAGAGCAGGCCUCUCUGCCAUUCCUCGGAUCGGGCACACUUUUUUACCAAUUUCACACAGACUUCCUGGCACUAUACGACGCUAUCUCUUUCUCACACCCAACCUUCGCAUCCCUUCUCCUUCCACCUCUCGCGCUAACCUACCCCAUCGACUAUCGUCGGAUACUAUGGGCAGACUUUGCGCAUGUGUUGUGUACUGUACGUACCCCUGUGGACCAGGUCAUCGCAGGGGAUCUCAGAGAUUUCCUGUACCCGAUCGAAAAAGGCGAAAUGAUCGGAAAAUACGCCGGUGCGCUUCUCCAAGGAUCAGUGGAUGGAUUCCUGCGCCUUGUUGCGGUACACCACGUGGCAUGCAAUAUCUGGCCUGAUCUUCGGUCCGAGGAAGUUGGGGCUGAGCAAGAGGAUGCGGCCAAGAUGCUGUUGAAGAUGAUGGUAGAGAAAGGAGAUGGACGCGUUGUGCGUGAGGUGCUGAGGUAUCGACAGGUUCGUGAAGAAACGGUUGUUUAUCCCCCUGCUUGUUUUGAAACAAGUGGGGAAUGGAUAGCAGACCGAGCAGAAUUUGCCCGGCAGGCGUUGGGCAGCGAGUUGCAUGCAAGACUUGAGGGCGUAUUUUAUGGCUAG